GUAGCGCUUCUACGUGUAACGCGUACGGGUUUUCGGUCGUACUUAUCAUAAAAUAAAAUAAUUGCUUAUAAAAUGGGUAUAAGUGGAUACGCUAUAUUUUGGUAUCAGUGAAUUAUUGGUAUGUAAAAAGUGGAUCGCUUUUUAGCUAACAACCCCACGUACAAUAUCGUAGUGCGAGGAAAUGGUAGCAGUUUAUUUGGACCCGAUGAAGAUGGCGCACUCCGGGGGGAGGUAGAAGCGCGCGGGCGCGGUACGGAGUCAGCGUUUCUCCAUGAGCUCCAUUCGACGCUGGCGCCCGCUGCCGUGCCCGACCACGACUGGCAACACACCCUCACGCUCAUCCUCAAAGGCCUCGUCUUCGCCACGAUCAUCCUCGGCGCCAUAUUUGGCAACGCCCUUGUCAUCAUCUCCGUUCAUAGGCACAGGAAACUUCGGGUGCUCACCAACUACUACGUCGUCAGUUUGGCCGUCGCGGACAUGCUUGUGGCUCUGUGUGCGAUGACGUUCAAUGCGAGCUCAGAACUCACUGAUGACUGGCUCUUCGGUCCAUUGGUCUGCGAUGUAUAUAACUCAUUAGAUGUCUACUUCUCUAGCGCUUCCAUUCUUCAUCUCUGCUGUAUAUCGGUAGACAGAUAUUAUGCUAUCGUCAGACCUUUAGAAUACCCAGUCACGAUGACCCACAGAACAGUCUGCUUCAUGCUGGCGAACGUUUGGCUAUGGCCAGCUUUUAUCAGCUUCGUGCCGAUCUUCAUGGGAUGGUACACAACAGAACAGCACAGACAAUAUAGAAAAGCAAAUCCAGAUGUGUGUAUCUUUAAAGUGAAUAUGGUCUACGCAAUAGUUUCUUCUAGUGUCUCAUUCUGGAUACCGAGUCUUGUCAUGAUAUCAAUGUACUGCAGGAUAUUUAGAGAAGCAAUAAGGCAAAGAGAGGCAUUAACAAGGACAUCAUCAAACAUACUCUUGAAUUCAGUUCAUAUAAAGCAUACGUCGCAUUCCGCACACCACUCACAUUAUCUGCACCCUGAUAGAAGACCAUCAGAUAUCAGUCCAAAUUACAGUACGUUUACAGAAGUAGGUCCGGAAGAAACGGAGUUUGGCGGUGAAGUUGUGAUGUCGCUGGGUGAUAUAUGUCCCAGUAAAGAGGCAAGCCCGAGGAAGUCCGUGAACGUUAGUUGUGAUACGGCAAGCUCUGGAUAUUGUUCAGGAGGAUCUAACAAGAGGUCUUCUAGUGGACAACCGCCUACUGGUUGGAGACCGAGCUGCUCAUCUGCUGUAGCUACCAGAGAUUUGGCGAAGGCAGCCACGGAGCUAAAUGCACAAGGUGCGUCCCUCCGCGCGGCUGGCAAAUCCUGGCGGGCGGAACAUAAGGCGGCGCGCACACUCGGCAUCAUAGUUGGUGCGUUUUUAUUAUGUUGGCUGCCAUUUUUUCUAUGGUACGUUACAACGAACGUGUGCGGCGAGCCGUGCGAGACACCGUCUAUUGUGGUCGGCGUACUCUUCUGGAUCGGCUACUUCAACUCGGCACUGAACCCGCUCAUUUAUGCGUAUUUUAAUCGUGAUUUCCGAGACGCAUUUAAAAACACAUUAAUGUGCGCGCUGCCUUGUUGUUUUAGCUGUUGGAAAGACACUGGCACAGCGCAGUUUGUAUAAUAGUUACAGACGUGCGACAAAAAAAUCGUUUAAUUUAUUUACGUGAUUAGUACUACUUUAGAUGUAAGGGACUCUACAAUAUGUAUCGCAUUAUUUAUAUUAACAUUAGUCGCAGUUAAGUAGAACGUGAAAUUGUAGUGUUUAAUGUGAAAAAAAAUGCGAUUUUAAAUCGCAUCAAAUUGUUACUUGCAUAAUAAGGAAUUAUGAUAUGUAAUGUUAAAUGAAAAGAUAUGAGUAAUAAAAUUAUUAUAAUUGAAAUUUAUUUUGUAUAUAAUAUAUAAUUAAUUUAUAUAAUUGAUAAUGUUGAGACUGGUUCACUUUGUAUGAUCUGAGGUUUAUUUCUCUUUCUGUAUUGAAAGGUUAUUAUAAUUCUUAGCGUCGUAAUUCUUUUUCAUUUCAACUUAGAUGCUAAAUUAUAAUGUAUGGACAAGUUUGUGUUGUAUAAAGCUUAUUAAGAUUGUAGAGUCAGACGUAAUUUCUAAAUUAGGAUGGUAAUUCAAGUAUUAUUAAAGUUGAUCUCGUGUUAUUCACUAAGUCUCAAAGUUUAUAUCUUGAACAUGCGUCAAAUACUAUAUGUAUGUAAUAUUAUGUAGAUAUAAUUGUUCAUUAAUAUAAUAUACUUUAAGAAAAUUUACAUAUUUAUAUUUAAAUUGCAACUUUAUGUAUAAAUAUUAUACAUAAAUACUAUUUUCAAUAUAUUUUUGUAAAUGAGAUGUUACAUUACGAAAGUCCUUAACACUGAUUAUUUGAUUAGAAUUAUUUAAUUCCCCAUGAUUAUUUCAAUAUUUCUGUUUAUAAAACUAAUGACUUAUAUUUUUAAUUCAAUAAAUUCUGAUGAGCGUUAAAAAUGUACUAACUUGCAGACAUUGCGAUUAUUAAUCGUCAGUAAUUGCGAUUUAAAUAUUUAUCCGCUCGUCUGCAUAUAACAUAGGGGAGGUUAUAACAAUACGAAAUCCAUCGUAUUCAUGAAACCGUACAACUUUCUACAAAGAACAAAUGGGUCGAAAUAACGAAACAAUUAUUGAACAUUUCAUGUCUUAUCUUCAAUUUAAUUGACGUGUCUAAUUGCGACGAAGGCGCCCUCUGCCGAGAAUUUUUUUAUGAUACUUAAAAUUACAAAAUUUAACGGCGCACCUGGUAGAAUACAGCCGCCUAUAUAUAUAUAUAUAUAUAUAUAUAUAUAUAUAUAUAUAUAUAUAUAUAUAUAUAUGAACAACACCAUGAAUACCAUGGAAUACACUGUAACUCCCAUGGCGCCCCUCAAUCGUCACCAUUCCUGAGGACUGUAGUGUUAUGCCUACGUAUCCUGUGUCCUUAUUCAGUAACUUCUCUCCUAUAUUUCUAUUUAUUUGUUUAUCACAGAUCUUUGCAAUAUGUCUAAACCACCAAAAUAUGGAUUUUCAGUAGUAAUGUCUAAAAUCCUCUUAUAGUUCUUCUCUUAUUGUCCCAUUCGUGUUUCAACCGUGAAGCAGUUGUGUUUGCAUGGCUGUGUUUCGAUUUGAAGGGUGGGAAAAAAAUAUAUAAUGCAAUAAUGAGUGUUUGUUUAUCAGUCACAAACGCUUCUUAUAUUCGUACUGCCAUUUUGAAACCACGUGAGUAAUUUCUAACUGUACUAAUAUAGGUUGUAUUUAAAAAUAAUAGUUGCUCAAUCUGUAUGUUUGUUAGUAUUCUAUUAUUUUUUUUUUCUUUAAUCCAUAGUGUAAAUAUAGAUUUAAAUACAACUAAGCACCUUUGUUUAUUUAAAUCACGCGCGUCAUUCUACGAAGAGAUCUUUUAAAUAUUUUUAUUAUUAGAUUAGAAAUUGAUCGAAACAACGUCACUAAAUAUAACUAAAUUAUUUUCGUUAAUUAUUUUGUAAUUAAAGAUAAUUUGAUGUAAAAUUUCUAAAUUGGCGAAUAGUCCUUUUAUUGUGUGUAUGUAUUUAUAUGUAUGAAUGUAAAGUGACAGUUAAUACGCGAUCUUUUCUUAAAUGGAUUAUAACGCACACACACAAUUGCAAUGUUUCUUGCCAGUACGUGUUUUUUGCAAAAUUGUACAAUACACGAGAAUAAAGACAAAAAUUAUGAGAAAUUAUUACUAUAUCGGUAAAAGACAAAUAAAACGACUCGCCAAUUUAGAAAUUUCGUCACAAAUUGUCUUUAAUUACAAAAUAAUCAACAAAAACUCCAAGUCUCGAUUCUAGCGCCAUCUAGUAAUUCGUGUUAAAUUUUGUUUUUUGACCAACUUUUGUUACUUUAAUACAUAAGUGCAAAUUAGUAUAGAAAUUUUAAUAAAAUAUAAAUAUCUCAUAUUUCAGUAAUAAUUAUUGUGUGAUUGAAAAUGUCGAAGCGGGUGCUCGAUGCCUCUACUAUAGACUACAAUUAUUCAUAUAAAUAAUUCUUAAAUAAUUAAUUUAUAAUAUUACCUAUACUUAUUUGAUAUUAUAAAGUAUAUAAAAAACAUACUUACAUAAUUCGAAAACCCAUUAAAAACAGAUAAACCCAUAAUGUAAAAUAAAUAUACAUAUUUAAAUACCCCGAUUCACGCCUCUUGGGAAACGUUGAGUUUGGAUUUCGAAAUCACAAACCCGAAAUCACAAUCCCAUUCCGUUUCACGCAGUAUACUCGUAUUAUACAUAAUAUAAAAUACAUUUUCCAUUUUAAUUAACGUAUUCAGCAACAAACAAGUACAAAGAGAUAUUGUACGUUUAGUAUUGUAUGACAUGCAAUGUUACGUGAAACGGAACGUAAAAUAUGAUUUUCAGUCCGUGUCACUAUAAGUGUAUAAGUAAUUAAAAAUGGCUGAUAAUAUAUAAUUAUUGGAAAAAAAAUGUGCAGUAAUUAUUAGUAUUUUAACAUAAAAAGUUUAAAAACUGAAUUCUAAUCGCAAUCCAGAACUCAGUUUAGUAUGAAUAUGAAUUUAAAAAAUAUAAAAAAAAAAUCUAAUACAAUUAGCAAAAUCCUAUUAAUAUUAUAAAAGCGAAAGAUUAUAAUAGUGGAUAAAUUGUUAUUUAUUUCACGCAAAAACUACCUGAGUCCUCAGGAAUGGCAACGCAUGGGGGGUAUCAUGGGCAAAACAGUAUACUCUGUUAUGUCCAUGGUACUGCUCAUGUCUAUAGGCGACAGUUACCACUUUCCAUCAGGUGGGCCGACAGCUUGUUUGCCAUUCUAAGUAGUAUAAAAAAAAGAAUGAAAUUUGGUACACGGAUUAUAUCCUAAUUUAUUUGUUUAUUUAAUACUUUAAUGUACACACUAAUUAGUACAUAUAAAUUUGUGUACUGAUUUACGCGGACAAAACCGCAGGAUAUAGUUAGUUUUAUGCACGGUACUUAACUCUCGGAACUAAGUGAAAAAUCAGUAGUAGUUCAUUUGUAAAACGAAUUCACCGCUUGCAGUUAUUUUUUUUUAAUCCUAUUUUCAAUUACCAACUCAAUACCUUCGCAGAUUGACGUAGCUAAUGAGCGAUUAAAUUAACAAAAUUUUACUACAAUUCAGGAAAAGAGCUCAGACAAUAAGACAGUCUUAUAAAUACUACAACGAAUUUAAAUAAAGAACAAAUGUUACUAGGCCCCUCCAAAUUAGUUCCCUCCAAAAUAAAGCGUGUGACUUAAAAAAAAAGUAGAAAAAAUUAAAAAGACUACUUCUUUCAUUAUAGUGUGAUGUUUCUGUUUAGCGUAUUACUCUGUGGCAUUUAUUAUUUCUAUAAAUACUGAAUAAAUACCUGAUUGUUUAAAUUUUUAUAAAUGCACCCCAAAAAAAAUCUAAUUUCCAAACCGGUUCCAAAUAUAAAUAAUGAAAAUAUUUUAAUAAAGAAUGAGUAACGAAAUAUAAGUAUUUUAAAUCAAAUUAUAAAAGCAAAAAAGGCCAUUUUAAAUUUAUAAAAUAAAUACCUCAUUUGUUUCUGAAGUUAUCAUAUCACUGUUCUGUAUUUAAAAACCUUUAUUAAAUAUUGCACUUUUUUUUAGUACGUUUGUUCCGUUAUGGAACAGGCUAAGGUCGGAGACCAUGCUGCCUAAUCUUCAGUAUGAUCAUUUGUCUGGAAUAAUUUUGCACUAUUCUUAGAUUUAUAUUUUUUUUAUUUAAUUUGUUUGGCACUACGCGUGCUAACAAACACUAUUUAUUUAAACACUAUUUAAGGAACACCAACAGCAUAUUGCAUUAUAACAUAUAGGUAUAACAAACAUUAAAUAUAAUACAAUUUUAAUGCACAUGCCUAUUAUAGGUAUUCACAGCAUUCACUUUAACAUAAUUAUACAGUGUAAGAAAACUAUGAAAGUAAUUAAAGCAAAGCUAGCUAAAAAUAAUGUGGUAGUCUUUUUUUAAAUCAUAUAUUCAAGUGAUGUUAGAUUAAAUAAAAAAAAUACUUUACACUCUAUUUAUAGAUUCAUAAUUACAUGUAUAUUUUUUAAUUUUAUUUAACACUGCGCGUGCCAACUGACACUAGAAAAAUAAUUGCAACAUAACUGGCUGAACAUAACGUAGUGCGUUUUUUUUUAAUUCAAUAAUUUUAAAUUGAGAUGGUAAUAACUUGACGUAAUUUAUCAUACAGUGGACUGUCAUAUAGAUAGAGUGUCUCCAUAGAAAUGCUUCGAGAAAAACGGGUCAACUUUUUCAUACAAUUUUCCGUGAUAAAUAUUUAUGAGUGAUUCCUUUAUAACUUCUAUAUUUAUUUUGUCUUAUAAAUUCUACAUCUUUUUAAUGCGUAAACACGUUUUUUUAUUUAUUAAAUAAUACGUCAAGGUAUAAUACAUUUUAUGCGUAAAUAUAUAGAAUACUGAUCAAAAAACGAUCAAAAAGGUGACCCUUUUAUGAGGCUCAAGGUUCUAUCUGUAUACCACUUUCCAUCAGGUGGACCGUCGGCUUGUUUGCCAUUCUAAGUUGUAUAAAAAAAAAUCACUGUUAGUGUAAGUUGUAUAAAAAAAAAAGUGAGGACUGUUUACAAAAUAGCCAGUUAUUUAUAACGUGUUCUUAGUGAUAACAACUAAUAUUGAAUCCAAUUAUCCUUGACAAGCAUCAAGGGCGGACUGACCCUUUCGUGACCUCGCAUCUGUUUGCUCUAUUCAUCAUUAAUGUACUUCGUAAAGUAAGAAAAUUGCGAGACCAUUGUCAUUGCAAAUUGAUUUUCAGCGCCACUGACAGUAAAUUGCUUCCACAUUGCAAACUCUUGGAAUAAAGUGCGUUCCGAUUCACCCGUCACACGCAUCGACGCUUCGAGCGUUCCGUUUUACGCUCUGGAGGGCCUGAAGCGUUCUCGAUACAGCUAGCACAUUAAAAUUUUAAUGUCUAUUAGGGACGAAUUUUAUUUUUAUCAACUAAUUGGCAAUUAAUAAUUAAUGAUUUGGAUUAAUUCAGUAAUUAAUUUAGUUACAUCACAUUAAGACGGGUUAGCAAUGUUAUUAUUAAGUAAAUGAAUUAACACAUAUACGUCAUUUAUUAAAAUAACAUAAAAUCAUUUAAAAAUGAUGUAGAAAAGCCACAAACAUAUAUAACAAUGAACAAAUAAAAACUAAGUCUAUUUAAUACAUUCUAUGACGAAGUUAAAUUAAUUAAAAAAAAAACAUAUAUCUUUAUCAGAAGAUAAUAUAUAAAAAACGAAUUAAAUACAAACUAAAUUCAAUUUUACAUUAUCAACAAUAAUAUUGUUAAAUGUUUCAUAAGUACACAUUUUCCUUAAAUGUAAUAACUGCCGGUUUAACUUACUUGUAAUUAUAUAGAGAAAACUCGAUUAGUUUCGGGAUCAAUUCGUGUUCCUUAAUCGUGAGCGGCUGUGAUGCGAGCGCCGAGUCAGCGAACCGAGACGUGUAGUCAAGCUCGUGCUCGCAAUUAUUACAUAAAAAUAUAAUACAUUUAAAAUAAUUAAUUUUCUUAAAUAAUUAUAUUUCAUUAGUUACUAGUUUUAAUUAAAUUAAUUAAUAACUUGCGCCCUCUAUACACGAAUGUGCAUUGAAUCUGUAGCUCAAUUGAUAAGAGCACUAGCUCUAACAUGACGUAGAAGGUGCGAAUUCAAAUUACACCAGCUUCGAAAUUUUUCAAUCACUCAAUACUUACAAUUUAUAUUAAAUAUAUAAUUUUUUCUCCAACUCUUAAGAAGCUACGAAUCACUUUUAUUCCUAUAUAAUAAUAUAAUUGAAUCAUUUUAGACGAAAACCUUAAAUGUUAUUACAGAAAUACAUUUCCUAACUUCCUUUACCCGUCACAUGCAGGUAAUGGUCUAUUUGGCCCAACUCCGCUAUCAACAUGCCGCAGUUUCUCGUUGGUGUUACAUGUGCAAUAAAAGAAACCUUUAUCCAAUAAUGGACUAUUACUCCAGCUAUAUUGUACGGUCGUAUUCAGCAUUCCUUUUGGGGACAUUGUGUCCUUAACAGCUCGAGUGGUGUUUACACGGCGCUAACGGGUUCUGUGGAACGUGUAAGGACUCGAUUCACUUAUGUGGAAAUGUAAUAUAAAUAUUAAUAAUAUUUCGGUAAAUACAACAUCAUUCUAUUAAGUACCUAAUACAUAUACAAUUUGGCCAAAGAUCUGUGUUACAGCAGAGUUAUAACUAUGUUUUAUUUUUAAAAUAACCAUCACUAUAUUUAUGACUAGCGAUCCGGCCUGACUUUGUAUAAGUAGAUAGAACUUUCGAACGUAACUCAAAAAUAAUGUAGUUUUCUAUAGAUGAAAGAAUCUUUAAAAUCCGUUGAGUAUUUUUUGAGUUUGUCCAUAAAAAACAAACAAAUCUCUUCUCUUUUAUUAUAUAUAAAAAAACUUUUGUAUAAAGUCUAAACUAUUUUUGGAAACGCCAAAUAUAGUAAGAUCAUUAAAUUCUCGUCAAUCAAUUAUGUAUAAAUUUAAAACUGUCGUUAAGAAGCACUUACCAGUUAAUUCUAUUACUUACUAAACGAUUACUUGGAAGACAAACAUUCUUAGCGUUAGUUUGAUCGUAAAUGUGGGUUUAAGUUAGACUUAUACCUCGUAUAAAUAAAUAUUUUGUAUAUAUGUUCUAUAUACAACAUAAAACAAAAUUUUCAUCGCGCCUCCGAUCAAACUGUUUAUAAUUACUCCUCUCCAUCCAAAGGUUGCCUGGAAGAGAUCGCUUUUAGCGAUAAGGUCGCCCAUUGUUUUCUUAUUGUGAUUAUUUCUUGUAAUUGUUUAUAUUUAUAAUAAGUUUACUAUUGUAAUCUUUUGCAGGAAACAAUAAAGAGUAUCUAUCUAUCUAUCUAUCUAUUUUGUCAGAAAAAAAUUUAAAGCAUCAAUCGGGAUUAGUCCCCUUGUUCAUAAAAACGCCAAACAUUCUAUAAACUUAUUUUAGCCAUUGAAGUGUUUUCUUUUUUUUUAAUGCUAAAUUUUCAAGUCGAAUGAAAGUGACAAAGCAUUCCAAUAGUUAAAAUAGAUUUAUAAUAACUUUUAAUUUCUCUUUUAAUAAAGGGCUAUAUUUCUUAAAUCUGGAUUUAAACAAUUUAUAUAAUAUUUAAAAGAAAAAAAUUAUGUGACACUAAAAAUUUCAAAUUUUUCUCCUUUUUUACACAUAUAUAAAUUAAUUUUAUAGAAUUCAAUGACUAUUAGAAGAUGUCACAUCAGUCCUGCCGUAACCAAGAUGUGGUACAAUCUAUGUCGAAAAAUAGAUAAUAAUGUAUAUCAGUUAUAUAGGUGCCAUUUCCUUGUAAUCGCGUUGCGUUAAGUUUUAAAAAUUAAUUUAAAUACUUUCACACAUAUAUGUUUUAUUAUAUUUUUCAUUAUAUACUAGCCUUGACCGGGAUAUGUUUACUGACCGGGAUGAAAAGUAACUUAUAUUCUUUUCCAUCCCAUAUAUUAUACUAUGUGCAUACCAAAUUUCAUGGUGAUUGACUGAGCCAUUAAAACACUAUAUGGUAACAAACAAACUCACUUUGAGUACAAGCAGUACUCGAAGUGAGUUUGUUUGUUUUAAUCAACUUUUAAUAAAUUGCUUAAUUAUUUAUUUAAAAGAAAAGCAAAUUUUUUUUAAAUAAAAGAAAUUAUAUUUUGUAAUUUUCAUUUAUAUGGUCUUGUUUAUUAUAAAUAUAAUAUUAAUUAAACUAUUAGGUAUACAUUGUGAUAUUAUAUAAGUAGUUAAUGUAUAUGACAGAUCCACGACGUGGUAUCACGACACGCUGCAAACCCCUUGCGCUUUUUCUUCUAGAUUGGGUAGACGGAUCUGUCAUCUCUUUGUUAGUGAUUUAGUCAUUAAAUAUAAUUAUAGUUUUUAAUGAAAUUUAAAAAAUAACGGGCCAUUUUUUCCGUUAGAAGUUCAGUUUUAAUUUUUCUUUUAUUCUUUAUCAUUGAAUACCUUUUAUUGCCUUCUCUUACAUUGGCGUUACAUAUUUAUAUUUCGGUCCUUGAUUUGCUACAUUAUUAUUUUAAAUUUGUAAUUUGCUCACACAACUUAUUAUUGCUUUUAAUAUUUUUCAUAAAUAUUUUUAUAUUAAUAAAAUAAGAAAAAAAUAUGUAAUUUUUCUAAUUUUAAAUUAUUGCAUUUUCUAAUGACGAUAAUGGCCUAUUAUUUUUUAUAUAAUGUUUGUUUGCAAAAGGGGAAAACAAAUACGUAACAAUUAAGUGUUAUAUUUAUGUAAAUCCUUAUUAUUAAAUAUUAAGUAAAUAAAUUAACCAUUUGAAUGAACACAAUGAAAAUGGUUGUAAACGAAAAAAAAAAAAACACUAGUAUUUAGAAUGUAUUUUUAUGUAAAUAAUUUAAUAUUAGCGCCCAAUAUUUUCUUAAUGCUGUUAUAUUUUUCAAAUAAUUCUACACUAUAAUAAAAUAAAUGGAUUAGAUAAAUUUAAUAUGUUAUUAAUUAUAAUUACACAAAAUAAAUUAGUUUGUGUAAUUACAAUUAUGUAAUUAUAUAUAUAAUUAAUUACAUGUAUAAUUGUGUCUCUGAAAACUAUUGCAGAUAUUUCCAGGAUUCUGUUACCUUAUGAUUUAUAUGCUUCACAGCUCUUUUUACACAUUUUAAUAUUAUGGAUUAGAAUACCUUUAAAUCAUCAUAAUCUCAAAUAAAAUUAAUUUAUAACACCUAACCGUCGAUUGAAGUGUUCUCAACAUAACGAGAGCCACGAUGACACUCAAGUCAUUUACAUUUCAUUUCCCGUUCUCAAUAGUCCCCCAGAGAGCAUGAUCCGCAAUAAUUUCGCACAGUCUCCGUGUAUAAUUUUGAAAUCAUUCUUUGACAUUUUAUAUUCAUGAUAUUUUUUUGUUAUAUAUUUGUACAUUUAAAAAUAUUAAUUUUAUUCAAGUAUAAAAAUAUAUGUACACAAAUUUAUAUAUUUAUUUUAUAUUUAAUGAAUAAUACGAAAAAUAUAAUGUACAAUUUCUAAUUCACUUUCUGUUUUGUUUAUUCAAAAAGCAAUCAUACUUUUAUAUAUUAUUUAUAACAGCUCUAUUUUUAGAAGCUCUGAGUUUGCCGAUUACUGUCCAAUUAAUUCAUUUUAAAUCUGUUGAAAGAUAUAUUUUAUUAUAUAGGUUUUAUAAAAGAUAGAUCAACCAAUUUUAUAGUUUUCUUUAUUAUUGUUAUAGUAUUAGUAUUAUUAACUGGAUAAAAAGUUUUAUACAUUAUUAUAAAUAAAUUAUAUAUUAUAUUUAUGGAUACGUUUUUAAAAUUGUAAACUUAUUUUUAAUAAAACCUAUUAUUAUUUUUAUAUCUUCAUUAUUGUAUUUGUAAAAACAAUCCAUACUUCUUUAAUAUUUUAUUUAUAUAUUAUCAUUUUCCAAUAUGGCUAUAAUGAGAUUUAUUAUAACUUAAAUAACUUGAUAUAUGAAUAUAUCCGUACAUGUUAUAUCAUUAUACGCUACAUCUUUACACAUUUUAAGCAUAUCAUUACCAAACUCAUAAACAAGAAUGUUUUUUUAAUUUUUUUCCAUAACGUUCUCUUACACCCUUAUUCAUAAAAACGUCAAACCUCUCAUAAACCUAUUUUAGAUAUUGAACUAUUUCGUCUCUUUCUUUUUUGUUAAAUUCUCAAUAUGAAUUAAAGUGAUAAAACAAUGCAAACAUACAAUAGUAAAAGUGAUUAUUACAUCCGUAUUGUAUUAUGAUUUUGUUCAACUAGUAGAACGAAACGAACUAAAAAUAUCCGAUCUGUUCCACUAGUAGAACAAAACGAACUAAAAAUAUCCGAUCUGUUCCACUAGCAGAACAAAACAAACUGAAAAAAUCCGAUCUCUACCACUAGUAGAACAAUACUAAAACAUCCAUUCUGUACAGUAAAGCUAAACGAACUAUAAAAUCCGUUCUGUUCAACUAGUAAAACAAAACGAACUAAAAAAUAUGUUACGUACUAAUAGUAAAACAAAACGGACUAAAAAUCUAGUUUUUUUAGUAAAAAAGAACGGAGAGUGUAAUUAUAUUAAACAUCUGAAUUGUUCAAUUAUUUAGUUCCACUAUUUUUUUAUAUGAGUAAUAAGGUAAGAAAUCUCAUUAUAUUUCAAAUGUUUAUUUGUAUAUAAUUUUAAUAAAGAAAUAAAUAUGUUGAACAUUAAGUUCAUGAGAGGUUUUCGUUUAUAUAUAUAAGGGUAUUAAUUUAUAAAUGUAAAUAAUGUAAAGAUAUUAGUAAUAAAUGAAUACAGCAAUAAUUAGUAUUGGCUAUAAAUACUUAUGUAUAUUUAGGUAUACAUAAAAUUAAAUUAUUAAAUAUGAAAUGUUUUACGUUCUCAUAAUUUGAUUCUUGUUGCAAAGUGUUAUAUGUCGUACGUAACUAUUAGAUAAAUUUAA